AUGGUUCUAAGAAACUGCAGUUUACUAAAUAUCUUUGUUCCAGGCGCUGAGGAUGCCCUAACCAUCUAUGCCAUUGUUGCUGGCAGCAUCUUUGCUGGUCUUUUCCUAGCCUGGACUCUCUCUACCCUCGCAAAAUAUGUUUUGCUUCACUUAUCAUAUGCUGCAAUUAAUGCCUUUCUUAUUAUUUUCAGGGCAGACUCCCUGACUGGCACUGGCCGCCGUGCAGGAGAACUAGCCCUAGUUAACCUAAUCUUUCCUCUAUCAGCCAUCCACCUGAGCAAUGUAGCCAACCUUCUAGGCAUCAGCUGGAGCACUUAUCGCAAAAUCCACCAUACUACUGGCUGGAUGGCCAUGGCUCUGCUAGCCUUUCACAUUAGUGUGGCGGGUGCUGCCUCCCUGGGCACACAGCAUCUUCCAUCUGCAUUCCGGCCGCCCAAGCUUUAUCUUGUGAUCACAUUAGUAGUGUUUAGAAUGACUUCAUUCUUCAGGUUGGUGACUCUCCUGGCCAUUAUCUCAUUUAACAUGAGAGAAGCAAAAGAGGCCAAUCCUGUUAUAACAGCUGGCCAGGCUGGCCAGUACAUUAAUCUCUGGCUUCCAUUAACACACCCUUUCACAGAUACCCUGGAGCUUCUGGUGCAGCUGUAUUAUGGUCUAUCAGUAGAUCUUCUUCACCAUGCUCCCGCGGCAGCCCAGAGCUUGAUUUCAUUCUUAGCUUUGUUUACUGGGCCCCAUGGAACAAGUGAGGAUGUUAGUUACUAUGAAAGUAUCUUAGUGAUCACUAGUAGAUUUAGGAUCGCGGCAGCAGUGCCAUACCUGAAAAAAAUGAUCUAUAGCUAUAAUACCUGCACCUCCCAGGUUCGCCAUUUACAUUUAGUAUGGCAGGUGGAGUUAAUUAAGGAGGUCACUGCCGCCCAGAGCCUGUUAAACAACCUCCUGAAAGACAAUAUCAUUCUCAAUAUUUCUAUAUACAUGGGGAACAGCCUCAAGCAGAACAAACUACCCUUUAAUUAUGAUAGCAUCAUCUCUCUUAAGGCAUCGGGCGGCUAA